AUGAAGCUUUUCUUGAUCACGCUUGCAACUGCCACUCUGGCUCUCGCCGCGCCCGCCAUGAACGAGCGUGGCUUGAAUGCCAGGGGUCUUGAGCUAAUUGAAAACGAAAAGCGUAACCUGGCAGAUAUUGGCGACAUCCUUCGAACUGAAAACGACAAGCGUGGCCUGGCAGAUAUUGGCGAUAUCCUUCGAACUGAAAACGACAAGCGUGGCCUGGUAGAUAUUGGCGACAUCCUUCGAACUAAAACCGAAAAGCGUGAAGAUCAGUGA